AUGUCGCGUUUUGGAGCUAAGAAGGGAAACCGUGCGCCUGGCGCCGAAUUUACGUGGGACGCAGAUCCCGGGGGCGUGCCGGACACUGCUCCUACUCCUCUAUAUCCGACAUAUGUUCUUCCCUACGCGCGUAAGCUCUCGGAGAAGGAGCAGAAGGAAGUAGACUACUACCGGCACCUGCGCGAAAGGUUCCAUGAGGGCCCUUAUUACUCUGUCCUCGAUGUCUCCUCUUCCACCGCCAAGAAGGGCAGCGCAGCACGCGCAAACUUCGAUCCUUUUCACGGCAUGCCGUCAUAUUCGGGUCGAUAUCAGAAAAAGAGAAGGACAAUCCCGAAGAUUGCAAACAUUGGCCGUGAUUAUGAAACGCGAUUCUUCCCCCGCGAGCUGUGGCAGACCAUCAUGCCCAAUUUCCGUCCCAAUGCCUCCAUUGACGGAUACAACGCACAGACUGUCCUAUCGGGAUUGAAGCGCGGCUUCGAAGACGAUGAAGACGAAGAAGAUGAGUCGGCCAAGCGUCGCGCGACAGGGGCAGAUGGGGACGAUGCCGAAGGAGAUGCAAAUGAGGGCGAGUUAUUGGACGGCGACGAGGACGCGGAGGAGGAAAUUGUGGACGACGAUUUCGAAGACGACGAUGAUGACAUGGGUGGUGACUACAACGCAGAACAGUACUUUGACGGUGGUGAUGACGAGUACGGCGACGACGGCUUUGGUGAUGGUGGCGGUGGCGGCGAUGAGGAUACCUACUGA